GCGCUUCAGCCUCAGUGCGGAGCCCACGGCGGUGUGAGAAGGACUGGUCCCGCGCGGGUGGCCUUGGGAACUGCGGUGGCGCCGGCUGCGGGAGCCGGAGCUAAAACCACACCCACGUCGCUGCCUUUUCCUCUUCUGUCAUCUCACCGCACCGCCACAGACCGCGUUCCCUGAGGAAAGCGGCCGCCCACGCCUGGAGCAUCCUCCCCUGUCGAGCGGGCGCUGACGGACCAGGCGGCAUGAUGCGGCUGAGAGGCUCGGCGAUGCUGCGGGACCUGCUCCUGCGGUCGCCCGCCGCCGUCAGCGCGGCUCUGAGGCGGGCACAGCCCCUGGUCACCCUGUGCCGGCAUCCCCCGGGCGGGGGCCGCCCGGCCGCGGGCCCGGCGGCCGCCGCGCGACUCCACCCGUGGUGGGGCGGAGGCGGCCGGCCGGCGCGGCCCCUCGCGCGGGGCCUGUCCAGCUCUCCCUCGGAGAUCUUGCAGGAGCUGGGCAAGGGGGGCACGCAGCCGCAGCCCGGGGCGUCGCCACCCGCUGCCCCGCCGGCGCCCGGCCCCAAGGACAGUCCCGGGGAGACGGACGCGUUCGCCAACAGCGAGGGCAAAGAGCUGGUGGCCGCAGGCGAAAAUAAAAUAAAACAGGGUCUGUUACCUAGCUUGGAAGAUCUGCUCUUCUAUACAAUUGCAGAAGGACAAGAGAAGAUACCUGUUCAUAAAUUUAUUACAGCACUCAAAUCUACAGGAUUGCGAACGUCUGAUCCCAGGUUGAAAGAGUGUAUGGAUAUGUUAAGAUUAACUCUUCAAACAACAUCAGAUGGUGUCAUGCUAGACAAAGAUCUUUUUAAAAAAUGUGUUCAAAGCAACAUUGUUUUGUUGACACAAGCCUUUAGAAGAAAGUUUGUCAUUCCUGACUUUAUGUCUUUUACCUCACACAUCGAUGAGUUAUAUGAAAGUGCUAAAAAGCAGUCUGGAGGAAAGGUUGCAGAUUAUAUUCCUCAACUGGCCAAAUUCAGUCCUGAUUUGUGGGGUGUGUCUGUUUGUACAGUAGAUGGACAGAGGCAUUCUACUGGAGAUACCAAAGUUCCCUUUUGUCUUCAGUCCUGUGUAAAACCUUUGAAAUAUGCCAUUGCUGUUAAUGAUCUUGGAACUGAAUAUGUACAUCGAUACGUUGGAAAAGAGCCAAGUGGAUUAAGAUUCAACAAACUAUUUUUAAAUGAAGAUGAUAAACCACAUAAUCCUAUGGUAAAUGCUGGAGCAAUUGUUGUGACUUCAUUAAUAAAGCAAGGAGUAAAUAAUGCUGAAAAAUUUGACUAUGUAAUGCAGUUUUUGAACAAGAUGGCUGGUAAUGAGUAUGUUGGAUUCAGUAAUGCAACGUUUCAAUCUGAAAGAGAAAGUGGAGAUCGAAAUUUUGCAAUAGGAUAUUACUUAAAAGAAAAGAAGUGUUUUCCAGAAGGCACAGACAUGGUUGGUAUAUUAGACUUCUAUUUCCAGCUAUGCUCCAUUGAAGUGACUUGUGAAUCAGCCAGUGUGAUGGCUGCCACACUGGCUAAUGGUGGUUUCUGCCCAAUUACUGGUGAAAGAGUACUGAGCCCUGAAGCGGUUCGAAAUACACUGAGUUUGAUGCAUUCCUGUGGCAUGUAUGAUUUCUCAGGGCAGUUUGCUUUCCAUGUUGGUCUUCCUGCAAAAUCCGGAGUUGCUGGGGGCAUUCUUUUAGUUGUUCCCAAUGUCAUGGGCAUGAUGUGCUGGUCUCCUGCUCUGGACAAGAUGGGCAACAGUGUUAAGGGAAUUCACUUCUGUCAUGAUCUUGUUUCUCUGUGCAAUUUCCAUAACUAUGAUAAUUUGAGACACUUUGCAAAAAAACUUGAUCCUCGAAGAGAAGGUGGUGAUCAAAGGGUAAAGUCAGUCAUAAACCUUUUAUUUGCUGCAUAUACUGGAGAUGUGUCUGCACUUCGAAGAUUUGCUUUGUCAGCCAUGGACAUGGAACAGCGGGACUAUGAUUCUAGAACAGCUCUCCAUGUAGCUGCUGCAGAGGGUCAUGUUGAAGUCGUUAAAUUUUUGCUGGAAGCCUGCAAAGUAAAUCCUUUCCCCAAGGACAGGUGGAAUAACACUCCUAUGGAUGAAGCACUGCAUUUUGGACACCACGAUGUAUUUAAAAUCCUCCAAGAAUACCAAGUCCAGUACACACCUCAAGGAGAUUCUGACAAUGGAAAGGAAAAUCAAACCGUCCACAAGAAUCUUGAUGGAUUGUUAUAAUGGUCUUAAAUCCCAAGAUUUAAAUCACUUACCUAUUUAAUUGUGGAAAAUGAUUAUGAAGAACGUGUGUAUUUCUAUCUGGUAGUGAUGUAUAUUUUACAACAUUUGUCAUUUCAGUGUUACUGGAGUUUUCUUCAUUGUGCGCACAGGACAAAUCUGAUCUCUUUGGGAAAAAAUAGAAAUAAAACAAUCUCCCUCCAUAAUGUGAGCAAUAUUUACCUCGUGCAUUGUAUAAUUUGAUGUAAAAGAAAUAGUUACCAAUGCUAGCUUAACUGUGUGGUCUUCAUGAUUUACUUGUGUGUUUUGUGAAUUUUCAGUUUAUGGUGAUGAUCUGCUGAUAUGCAUUUAUAAAUGAAACUGUUGUACAGUCUGUCCAAAUAGGUCAAAGCUGCCUUUAGAAGCAAAUAUUGUGAGUUUCAUGACUUCAAAUAUAGAUUUAGUAUGAGUGUUUGAACAACUAUAUGCACUUACGGUUGUGUGGAAAAUGUCUCCCUCACGCUAGCUUCACGAUGUGACUCUUAAGAAAUUAUAAUAAUUAACAACUGUUAGUAGGAUAGACCAAUUCUGAUUAGACUUUAUCAGGGAAUCUGUUUAAGAUAUGUUUGGUGACCAAAACAUAUGUGUGAAUGUAGUUACAAUACUUCUGAAAGAAAUUUCCUUUUUCUAUAUCCCCUUAGUCCAGCCUCUUUUCUCAGACAUUUAGCUAUCUGCCUCUUUCCUUUUGCUGGGAAAGUGAGUGCUGGCAUACUAUGCAGUUUUCAUGUUUUCCACAGUAAGUCAGAAAAUGCCUCCUGUUUCUGGCAUCAGAGUAUAACUUUGCCAUUUGUCUAUAGAAGAUGAACCAGAGACAAAAUUACUAAGCUAAGUAUAAAUUAGUCAAACUUAUCAGUUUAAAAAAUUAAGCGAUGUGCUGCUGUAGCUCUUUGAGAACAUUUUUUUUAGCUUCAAAGAGGAAUUCAGAAAUGCUCUAAGCUACCAAAGUUAUUCUGAUAGUAUGAGAACUGCUACAAAUAACAUUUGUUUUUAAGCCUGUCAUUAAAAGUCUGCAUCAAGAUAUUUGUCCUCCCUGGGGGGAGGGACCAACGGAUCACUCCAGAUUUCUUCUGAUUCUCUAUUGUAUAAUUCUUGGUGGGAUCUUUUAAUAAUAAGAAAAAGUCAUUUCAUUUUAAAUUGUGACCCAUUAUUUCUUUGGCAUAGGGAGGUAAUUCAGAAUUAAUUUGCAAAGUAGGUAAAAGGGGCUUCAAAACUUAAAGAAAAGGAUUUUCUAGGAAUUGCACGUAUAUUUUAUCCUAUCAUACCUCAGAUAAAGGGGUAUGUUAGUGAGGAUUUCUGAUACUAAGCACACGCACACACACACACACACACACACACACAAAUGCACUUCUCUGAAGCAGUGUUUAGUAAAAUGAGCAAAACUCUCAACUACAUGAAUGCUAAUUGUUAUUACAUAUAGAAAUUUCCUUGUUUUUUUUUCCUAUCAGCACAAACUGCUGCUUUCAAGCUUUAUGAUGCCUGAUGGCACCUUACUCACUCCAGCAGCCUCCAGGUGCUUUGGUUUUUGCUCACAGUCUAAGGCAGUGGCGGAAGCCUUGCCCUCCCCUUACCCACACGGCACCUCUGGUGAAGCCAAGGCCAGUGUUCCUCACUGCGCUGGUCGGCACAAAGCUGUUCCAGUGUCCGAGCUGCUGUGCGGAGGAUGGUGGGGGGCAGCCAGCCCUGCUGCUGCGUCCUUCCCCACACGUCUGUCGAGCCGUGCAGACAGGGAGCAUUCGCAAGAUGCUACACAGGAGCAGCAUUGUCCCCAAAGAUAUUACAGGGUAGAUACCUUUUAAUCGAAAUCAAUUGAGAUAACUUUGUUUAAACAGCAGCUGGUUUGUCUGAUUAAAACGAAACAUUAAGAUGGUUGAACUGUGUGAUUUUGAGGCUUUUCUCUAAUAAAAAGAGGUUCUAACUAUUCUUUGGGAACAAAGUUUUCACCUUUUCUCAGAUCAAAACUGUUCUGUGAAAUCUUUGUCAUUUAGUUAAAUGUGCCGUUAUUUACUGCUGGUGUUAUUUAUGACUAUGCGCUGGUUCUUGCUCGGCUGUUUGCUGUUGGCUGGUGAUCAUGAGUACAUUUGGUUUAAAUGCUUGUUACUCUGCUGUUAAUUGCUGCCAUCAGCAACUCCAAAGAUCUUUUUGUUUUGGCUUUAGGAUCAUAUGUGCUUUGUCUGUAUCACAAGAGCUCUAUAUGGUCAUGUUAAUUUAAAGCUUUGCAUACACUGUUGUUGUUGCUGGUCUGGUUCUGCUGGUCUCAUCUUUGGUAAUAUGCUGGACCCCACUGGUGCCCCACACUGCCCUUGAGCUACAGAGCUGGAUUAGCUAUUGACCAUCGGAUGCUUUGUCUGGCAGGGACUGAAUGUCCUGACGGUGGAUUUAGAUUCUUCCUGGGGAUUACACAGCUACGAAUGUAUUUGCUUCCAAAAUUUCCCAAAGUGAAUCUAAUCUUAAAACUAGGAGUUGUAAGUAUUCUGAAAUUGGGAAACAUUUAUUUUAAAUGAAAUCAGGUAGUGUUGCUUUUUACAGCAUAAUAAUAAAUACAUGUAUCAAAAAAAAAA